AGCCACGUAGGUUGGAGAGCUGCAGCAUCAUUUCCCGCCUAAAUCAUACAGUAGAAAUCGCAAUCGUCCCUCCUUUCUUCCAUAAAAAUCAGAAACCCUAAUCGGAAACACCAAAUUUUGGAUAUGGAUAACAGAGAUCUCGCCCCCGGCUCCUCUUCAGAAAUGACGAAGAAGAACGAUUCUCUAGACGGUGUGGAGAAGAAGGAUAAAGAAGCUCUCAACGCUCUAGCGAAGUUCUUCGUUCGCGGCGGGGUUAACCCCAACACGAUCAGAUUCCCGUCCUUUACAAACUUCACGCGGCUUCUCAACCCUAAUUUCCGCCCCACCGUUCCUCUCCUCGAGAAGGAAGUUCUGGAGAUACACCGAGAAUGCAAAGAUAAAGCCAAAGACUUUCUCAAAGCUUUCCAAGGGAAGCUAACCCUCUCUUACGAGUGGAUGGUUCUCGGGGACUACGGCUGGACCAGAGAUUCCGUUAAAGGCCCCGUCUUGCACGAGGAUUUCGUCUGCAUCACUGCUCAUUUCGUUGAUGAUGACUGGAAGGUCAGGAGAUGGAUCCUCGGGUACGCUAGCGAGGUGGGACUAGUGGUGGCUACGGAUGAUGAUCUUUACGUUCACGGUUUUAGGAAUGCUGUUGAGGGGUUCGAGAUUGAGGGGAAGAAAGUCUCUGCUCUGUUGCUGCCUAACGAGGAAGGGUUUGAUGAAGAGACGUUAGGUGGUUUCAGGAGGGUGUUAGGAGAUAAUGUGUUUCUAGUCUAUUGUUGCGCUGAUCUUUUCAGGUUAAUGGUUGAUGGUGUGUUUAGAGACUUAAGCGGGAAGCUGCUGGAGGAUCUUCGUAUGCUGGUUAAUUGGGGCAAGUGUGAAUCUGAGAACUGGAACCUAUGGGUUUCUAAUCUUCAACGAGCUGUGGAUAUGAGGAACGAGGAUGAGUUCUCCAAGGACGAGAUUUACGAUGAUUACGACAAGCCGUCUGAUGAGGAAUGGAUAAAGAUCGAGACUUUUGCUAGACUCGUUGGUUGUAUCUAUAAAGUGGCGGUGGAGCUUUUUGAAGGAGGGUAUUCGACGUCUAAUGUUUAUUUCUACCUUCUUGCUGAGCUUAAGGUGAUGUUGGAGAAGGAGGUGGAUGGUGGUGAGAGUUAUUACUUACGCUGCAAUGCUAAGUGGAUGCUGAAGAGGUUUGAUAAGUACUGGGAUCGUAUGUUUCUGGUUUUGGCUACUGCUUCUGUGUUGGACCCGAGGUUCAAGAUGAAGUAUCUUGAGUUUUACUGCUCUAAGAAGAUGGAGAAUGAUGGGGGAUCAAAAGCUGAAACUGUUUUGGAGUAUCUGCGCAGUUUGUAUGCUAGAUAUGCAGCUAGUGGUAUCUGUCAGAAACCAAUAUGUCCAGUUGCUGCACCAAACUCCAAAGAAGAAGAUGAAAAUGAUGAUGGAGGAGAAGAUUGUGAUGAAGAACAAGAUGGUGAAGAAGAUAAUGAAGAUGAAGGAGAAGAAGAAGAAGAUUAUGAGGAUGAAGAAGAAGAAGAGGAGGAUUAUGACGAGGAAGAAGUAGAAGAAAGUGAUUGUGAUGAUGAAGAAGGAGGAGAAGAAGAAAGGUAUGAUUCUGAUACAUCAGAAGAAGUCGAAAGGGAAGCAAGAAAGAAAAGGAAAGAGAAGCCUGACGCUUGCAAGGAUUUUGCUUUGUUUCAAGAGUUUCUCAAGUUUGAAGGAUCAUCAUCUCCAAGGGAGUUUGGUGAAACAGAGCUUGAUGCCUACCUCAAAGAACCGGUUAUGGAGUGGAACAAAGACUUCAAAGCACUGGACUGGUGGAGAGAAGAGGGGGGUCACAAGUAUCCAGUCCUCUCUCGAGUAGCUCGUGACGUUCUCUCGAUCCCAAUAUCACGAGCCACGUCGUACUAUGCUUAUGGAAUGGACAGAAGAGAGCCUCCUGCUUUCGUUGUCUCCUUGGAAGCCGAAGUUGCUAACGCCAUGAUGUGCAGCAAAAGAUGGUUACGACUUUGACAGAGUUAAGUGUGUCAGAAUUGGUAACAACUUUAUUUUCCCGUCUUCAUCUCUAGUCUGAAGUUUAGAAAGCUUUAACUCUGUUUUUCGUGUUGGUGCUUUUGUCUCCCCUUUUCUAUAUCAGUACAAUGUUCUUUUCUU